UGCACUGAAAAAACAAAGAUGGCUACGAUUGGAAGCAUGUGUUUGCGGUCUGCGAAUAGAAUGACCGGUAUUACCCGGUUAUAUAUUCUUCGUACACAGCAAAUAAGAUCGAAUUUGAAGCAGUGCUCGACAACAGCUACAGAAACCAAUAAUGCGUCUGCGGCUUCACCAGGAUCCAAGGCAGAAAAGACACCUGAAAAACCCGAGGCCAAACCAGAUCAGAAAGUCUCGGCCGCAUCAGAAGCAGAUGAUAAAUUUAAGAAAGAAAAGGCAAAACUUGAGGAAUCCGUUAAAGACAUGAAGGUAGCGGGCUUAUUUCAUAGACUUAGAAGACGAAUUUGGCCUUCAAAUGGAUUUUUUGUUCAAAGACUUUGGCCAUUUUCUCGCCGGAAAUAUGUACCACAGGAAAAAUAUAUGCGCGCUUUAGCAGAAACAGAGAAUGUGCGACAAAGAAUGAGGAAACAAGUAGAUGAUGCAAAGGUUUUCGGCAUCCAAGGUUUCUGUAAAGAUUUACUGGAAGUUGCGGACAUUUUGGGUAAAGCCACAGAAAGUGUACCGAAAGAGGAGUUGAAGCAGGAAAAUAUUCAUUUAAAAAAUUUGUUUGAGGGACUAACUAUGACCGAAUCACAAUUACAAAAGGUGUUUAACAAACACGGACUCGAGCAGAUUACGCCUGCUGAAGGUGAAAAGUUUGAUCCGUUUAUCCACGAGGCCAUGUUUGAAGUUCCUACUUCUAAGGAGGAGGCAGCAUCUACCAUAGCUGUUACAACAAAAGUUGGGUACAAACUCCAGUCAAGGACUGUUCGACCAGCGCUUGUAGGAGUGUUCAAAACUGCAUGAUGAUUCGAGCUUGAAGCGUUUAAACUAAGUCACUGUUAAAAGUUUGUCACAUAGACAGUCAAUAUGGGUCAACCCAUUUUCAGAAAACAGAGUAAGAUAUUAUGUAUGUUAUAAAAACACGGUAUGAAAGUUAUGAAAAAAAAAGCAAAGAUAUCGGAAUACAAGUACAAAUAUUAUAUGCUGGCUUUAAUUCAGUUCAUGUUUUGACUGGUUAAUUUAUGUGUGAAUGAAUUUCCCGAUGAAAGAUUUUGAAAAUCCGCCUGAAAGCUGGUACUGUUAAUGGUGUGGUAGCCAUCUUUUGAUUUAUAAUUAAUAUUAAAACAUUAUAUAUUAUGAUAAGAUUUCCGUUGUUAUGCAGCCAUUAACUCAACAAAGCUUGCUCGUCUGCCUGUAUUUAAAUACUUCAUCUGUAAACUACCUUUAGUUUAAUGUCACCAUUAUUGUUGUGUAGUUAAAGAUUUAUAACUACACAAUUACUGUUGGCUUGAGGGUUGUCUGGUCUGCUUGUUGAACCAAACAUGAAAGGCAUGAUCAGAUAUAUAUCAGUUUGUGAAAUUACAUGUAGCUGUACAUUCCGAUUUGUUUUAAUUGUAGAAAUGAAAGAAAAAAAGAAAUAUGGAGGCAUGUUGAAAGAGAUUUGAAUGUCUUACACAGCAUUACUAAGUGGAAAAAUUCUGAAAAUUUUGUAAUAUAACCAAAUGCUGAAAAAUCUACCCUGGUAUUGGAAUUAUGUCAUUUUUAUACACCCAUCAAAUUUGAUAGGAGUAUUAUGGGAUGGCAUCGCUCCUCCAUCCGUCUUGUGUAAACAAGAUUUGUCCAGCGAUUACCUACUUUUUUAUCAAUCUCUUUGAAACUUGGUACACAUAAAGAAUCAUGAUAUGAAAUUGUUGUUUCUUGAAAUGAAUUUCGAUUCAACUUUGUUAGAGUUAUUCCCCUUAUAUUAUAUCUGGUCCAACUCUUAAAUCUUGUCCGGAGAUCUCCUACAGAUUUCUAUCGAUUUCUUUGAAACUUGAAUGGCUUAAAAAUUUUAAUCAUGAUACCAAGUUGUGUUUAAUCAUUUGGAAACUUUGAUUGCUUGUUUUUUCUUCAAACUUAGAAAAUUAAACAUUGACUUUGUAGUGAGAGGCGAGAUUUAUUACAUGCCAUAGGUACUCCUAUAUAAGAUGACGAAAUUUUUUUUUAUAAUACAUCAAGGUUUAUAACACUUUAUGGCAUUUGACAGGUAUAAACUGCCCCAUCGUACUCUUGUUUGUUUUGGCAUCAAAUUUUGACAAGCAUAUGACAACCUUUAUAAAUGUAUGUAAUGAACGAACAAGUGAUCAUUCACUGUCAUUUAAAUUUGACUUCAGUCUAUAUGUGAUUAUACCUAGUGCUAACUUUUAAGAAGAUGAGAAUAUUAAGAAGAUGAAAAAAUGAUAUUUUUUCUCUGCAGAGGUCAGCGUUUAGCUUCCUCAUUACUUCAAGCAAAGUAAUUUGUUAUAUAUUACAUCAUCUUAAGUAGAAUUAUUUAUUGUGCGUCAAUCCCUGAUCGGAAAUUCAUUCAAACUUUUGCUGUAGCAUUGUUGGAAAUCCACGAGACUUUGCACCAUUGAUUGACAUGAGAAUGCACAGUCAAAUGCUUCAAUCCACGCACGAUGCAGAGGCCCCUGGUUUUCAGACGUUGCUGUAGAUGAUUCCAGAGAUCUAAAGCAGAAGAUAGCAAACUCAAUGUCUGCUUACAUGUUUUGUUAUUAAUUAACAGUCCCGUUAAAAGAUAACUAAUCAGAAAUUUUCGUUGAGAUGUAUUUGUCAAGAGCCAGAUAAACACAUGUUGUUUUCGCUUAAGGUGGUCAUUUUGGAGCUUUUUGCAUUUCUCUAAUUCUGAUGGAGAUUUUGCGUAUAAAACUAAAGAAAAUCAUGAUAAGGGAGAAAAAAAACUCAAGAUUAGGAAACUUUGUACUGUUUGAUUUGUUCAUCAAGUUGAGAUAUAUAGGCGGCAUAAAGCAUGUUGAACAUGAUCCGAGUAUCGGGUUUGGUCCGAAGUAUGGUGAAAUAUGUGUAUAUUUGAUGAAGCAUUUGUAUCACAUGUAUGACACAAUGGAAUGGUAACUGUGGUUGUUUGCUGUAAAAGUGAUAUUCAUUGUGAUAAAAAUUGUUUGUUCGUUAUUCAUGAACAUCUCUGUAUUCAGUAGUCAUUAAAAUGCACAAAUCACA